AUGGACAGGCUGCAGGAGAUUAUUCGCUUCCUCACGGCUGCCGGUGGAACGCCCUCAAGGGAUGGCAAUAACACGCAUUUUACCUUUGAGGAGAAAGGUUCUAUUCGCAUGCGGACAUGGACUGGAUCUGAACUUAUCGAAGACGAGUUGAUCGCUGAUGAGGUCAGGCCGGGCACCUCAGCACCAAUUGUUAACGGCAGUCAUAAGAGAAUUUUUGUCGUUCAUAAAGAUAGCUCAAUCAAAUGCUUUAUAGAUCCUCUUGGAGACGGUGACCAAGUCGAAGAAGACGAGAUAAACGAUGAUGCCCCCUGGAAUGAAGAAAAGAUUGCCGGCGUGGAUACUCAGGCCCACCCACAAAGUCAACUUGCUGUUUCUUAUGACAGAAACACCGUCUUUGUCUUUUACCAGAAGCCAGAUGGUACUCUCGGUUGCCUCAAUGAGUACAAUAACCAGUGGAAAGACGUCAAACUCCCAGCUGUGGCUGCACUUGAUGGAACUCCACUGGCUACUUGCAAUACCAACUACGCGGUGUUUUUAUUCUACAUUAGCACGGAUGGGACUGUUCGCUAUCUGGAGAACAGAGAAGGCAAAUGGAAUGAUGUAUUCUUCUCCGCCGCCAAGAUACUCGAUCCAAAAGCAGAGCGACCUGGCUCAGCCUUCAGACUGACUGUUGCCGAGGAUAGACAGCCAUUUGAACGCAUUAGACCAUUGGUCUUUUGUCUUCACAAUGAUGAUCUCUCUAUAAUUAAAUGUCGCAGCAAGAAAUUGGAUACUAUAGGGAGAGUAGAAGGUACAGAGUUCGUACCUUGUCUUGGUAAGGAGCGCAACAAGUACUACUUCUGGAGCCCGUACCCUUUUUACACCAUGAUUAAGCGGAGGGGCAAGGAUCUAGCUCAAGCUACUAUAUCGAAAGGGCUUUGGAAACAAUACGUUAAGCGCUCAACUCCUCCGCAAGAGUCAAGUGCGACGAAGCAUCUUAAUGGACUCCAAGAGCCCUUUGUCGACAACAGUGGCGCUCCAAUGGUGAACAACAACAAGACUUCAGCUACUGUGAGCCUUGAGACUGCCCCUGUCCAAGCUAUAUUUUUGCCACGGAUACCAGAGCAGAGGAAAACUCCAAGCGGCAUUCCGGCACAGAACUCCGUGUUCGCAGGGCUUGUCAGAUUUACGGAUCCCUUUAAUUUGAUGGGAAGAUUCUUUGGCAACGGACACAAUGACGAUGCCACUCAAGAGGCAAGUAAAUCUUCGACUGCUUCAAGAGAUAUGGAAUCUGAUCAUAUUUCAAAUGUUCCGCUCCAAGCAAAUGGAUCUGAAAUGAACGGGAGGGAAGGUGGCACGAUUGAAUUAAAUGGAAUGGACACAAGCACAUUCGAAACUGAAGAAGUUAGACCGAGAGAGGCUGAAUCUGAGGAGCCUAAGAAUGAACAGGACAAGGUGGAUGGAACUGAAGCGGAAGAGGCUUUGGUUCGAAAAGAUGAACAAGAGGCGGAUUCGGAAGGCACAGAAGAAGAAACUGGCUCAGAGGGAACUAUUUUUGAAGAUGCCGAAACAGCUCCUUCUGAAGUUGAAGAAGUUGAUCUUGAAGAGGAUCAGUCUCAGGUUAUUCAACCCGAGGAGGCUCAAAUCGAAGACCUUCAAACCAAAGACCUUCAAACCAAAGACCUUCAAACCAAAGAGCGUCAACCCGAGGAAUGUCAGCCCGAAAUAGUUCAGAACAAAAAGGCUCAGAACAAAAAGGCUCAGAACAAAGAUUUGCAAACCGAAGUUGAAAGCAAAGAAACCCAUAUUGAGAUCGCUCCGACCGGGGAUACUCAGGGUAAAGAGGUUCAAGCCGAAGAUGCACAAACCGAAGAUGCUCAAGCCGAAGAUGCACAAACCGAAGAUGUUCAAACCGAAGAUUCUCAAACCGAAGAUUCUCAAACUGAAGAUGCGCAAUUCGAAGAUGCGCAAUUCGAAGAUGCGCAAUUUGACGAUGCUCGGAUCAAGGGUCUUCAGACCAAAGAAGUUCAUUUUGAUGAUAUUCAAGACAAACAGGCCCAAAACGAAGAGUUUCAAACCAAAGAACCUCAGACUAAGGAAGCUCCAACAAAAGAAGCUGAGAUAAAAGAUUCUGAGGUUGGCGUUGAACCAGAAGAACUUGAAAAUGAGAGAUCUGAAACCAGUGAUUUUGAACCCAAAGAACUUGCAUCAAAGUCUGUUAAAGGGGCAGAAACAAAAGCUGAGGAUGCAGCGGAAACCUCAACUACAAGAACCCCAGCUAUGAUGACACGUGCUGCAAAACCAACUAACGCAAGACGGCCUACGGCGAAACCUAAGGCGGAAACUGCUGUUGCUGGAGGAUCUGGGAAGAGGUCAGACACUGAGGAAUCUGAGUCUGAAAAUUCUGACUCCGAAGACUCUGAUUGCGAAACUCCAACUCAUAGCAAAGGGAAAGGGGUUGAUUACCCUGAUGCUCCAGUUCCGGCUAGAUCGAGACUCACCACGCAAAAAGCAAUUCGUGAAGACAUAACCAAGUUUAUCGAUGAGUCCGAGCUCUCUUCAUUCUUUUCAGAUGACCCUUCGUACUUGGACACCGUUGUUAAGAACGCUUCCAAGUACAAGAAAAAGAAGAAAAACAAAGCAAAGAAUGAUGCACAUGUGCAGAGCAUUGCAAGAUUAAACAUCUAUCAGCCAGUGCUCUAUUGCGAUGACAGCACCUCAAUGAGAGAUGUGCCUUUAGGCUACGGCACAAGCCUGCAGUUCAUUAACCUUAAAAGCGAAGACGUGCAUAACAACAAACUCACCUAUAAUGAUGUUAAGAAAAAGAUUGACUCAAUGCGUCCGCACGGCAAUACUAGGAUCGGUACCAAUCUUUAUAAGAAGAUUCUCAAGCCACUUGUUUAUGAUGUAAUAAACAGUAAAAACCGGCUUAAGCGACCCAUUUUCAUUUCUUGCAUCACGGAUGGCUGUCCUAGUGGAGAAUCUACUGAACAAUUCAAAGAGGAAAUAUUAAAGUGCGUUCGAUUUCUUGAUGCCAACGACUAUCCACGCUCAACUGUUCGAUUUCAAAUCAGCCAAAUUGGUAAUGACCCCAGGGCUGAUGGAUUUCUCGAAGAACUCAGAGGUGAGAUCCUCCGUGAUCCUGACCUCAAGGAAGUGCUGUAUUGCACAGCUGAGCGUCUGGAUGAAAAAUUCGAAGAAUUGAAGAAAAAUGAAGAGAUGCUCGAACAAUGGCUCUUGCGGACACUUGUGAUGCCAUUGAUGGGCGAACGUAUUAACACACUUAAUUUUAACAACUGA